AUGGCAUCCGGUGUUGGACCGCAAUUGAUGCAGGAAAACGAAUUCGAUGCUUCCCUAGCUCUGUCCUCCUCGAAUCCUGUACCUUCGCUGGCCGAAAGUAGUGAGAUUAGAGGCAGUUAUCAGCUUCUACCUACUGCGCAGGGGUCCGGUCAGGCAGCUGAGCAGCCGAAGAGCACUGGGAAGAAAGAUGCGGGUGGAGGAGAUGAGGUUUCUGCGACUGCGACAGCCACCGCCAGCGGCAGCAGCCCGACUGCAGCAAAGGGGACGACGGCUUCAAAACCAAAACGAGUUGCUGCACCGCCAUACGCUGCGCCGUCCCCCCAGACAUGGCAGGUCAACUUUCGAGACGAGUCGAGGGAGAUAGCUUCAGAGUACUUGGGAGGAUCUGAGAGGUAUCGUCCGAUCAGAAACGAAGAGUUCACAAAACAACCACCGGGAUUCGGGUUUGCAAAUAUGAUGGGAUUUCCAAUGUCCUCCCAUCAGAACUUGGCCAAUGCGCCGACCUUACUGACCUUUCCUGAAGCCCCGUCUGCUGAAGGGUAUGAAUCUAUGUUUCAAACCACUCAGCAGCCGUCCUCUUCUAACCAUGUAGUUCAAGAUCAGCCUGUACCACAGCCACCCGUGCUCACUCUAGCACCACCGAGGGAUCCAAGGCCGUGUCUGAAUACCCCGGAAGAAGUACUCCUCAUGCAAGUAUUUGUGGAAGAGGUUGGCCUAUGGAUGGAUUCAAUGGAUGCUAUGAAACACUUCACUCGUAUAAUACCGUUUUAUGCCCUUGGGGAGCCAAUGCUCUUGAAUGCCCUCCUAGCAUGCGGUGCUCGCCAUUUGCAUCUUGUAAAUGCUACCUACAAAGAGGAGAAAGCGCUAUAUUACUACAACUCCGCCACCCAGGACCUGCUCGGAUAUCUUCAAAAUCCUAAUCGCGACUCUGCUCUAUCUGCCGCCACUGCUGUGGUCCUCAACGUCUACGAGGUCAUGUCUACAAAGGCCACACAGCGUAUGAACCAUAUAGCCGGCGCCCGAGCUCUCAUAAAGGAGUGCCAUUGGGAUGGUAGAUCAUCCGGAGUCGGCGGUGCAUGCUUUUGGCUAAACGUCGGCAUGGAGCUGCUAAGCUGUCUUCAUUACAAUUGGAAGCUAGCCUGGGACCCAGACACAUGGGGUGUAGAUAUGAAUAUGGUGCCAGCCAAUACAAACAUGGUCGGAAAUGAGGAAUUAUGGACCCACAGGAUAGUAUAUAUCUGCGCAAAAGUCGCAAACUAUCGAGCAACAGCCCCUCAGCCCUUGCUGCACGAGAGACCGAGCCACGAUGUUGAUAUUAACCGGCAAAGCGAGGAGUGGAAUAGAAUGAAAGGCUGGUGUGAUGAGUGGGAGAGAUGUAUUCCUCGGUCGAUGCGGCCCCUUGGAUACCUACAGUCAUGGCAGUCCAAGACAAAGUCAGCUUUCCCUGAAGUUUGGUUGAUAAAACGAUCUUCUGUGGUCGCUCGAUUAUUCUAUCAUACCGCCUGUCUUCUCCUGGCAAAAACGCAUCCCACUGAAUCCCAGUUUAGCGAGGCGAUGCUAACAACCCAGCAGAGUCACGCUCAUGAUAUUUGCGGCAUUGUGGCACAUGUCAAGGACAGGGGAGUCGCUAGUGUUUCUAUUCGCUGUCUUGUUAUUGCAGCCGAAUGCCUUGUUAACAGAGCCUCCCAGGAACAAGUACUAGAGAUCAUGGAUAAAAUUCUCAAAGAGACAGGCUGGAAGAUCGGGGCUCUUCAGCAAGAUCUCAUGCAGAAAUGGGGGUGGAAUAUUAAAACUGAACAAAGCCAGACGAUGCCGCAGGACCAACACCAACAGCAGCAUCAACAUCAACAUCCACAUCAACAGCAACAGCCUAUGAUGUCCCCAAUCCCCACAACCUCGACAGCCACAGCAUCUAUGAACCUGAAUCCUUCAUUGCUACCUCCCGAAGUGGGACUUGCUCCUCCUCCAAGGCCCACUAUUCCCCAGGGGAUUGUUAACCCGAUGAUGGCUGCCGCUGAUUUCAAUGCAGCCAACCACCCAUAUCAAAACCACUAUGUUGCACCACAAAACAGUCCCCAAGGUAAUUAUCAAUAUGGUCAGUAUUGA